CCCACCCUCUGGCUCAGCCCCGGCACAUCUGCCACAUCUGAUAAGGAAGUGGCCCCCCCUGCGCAGGAAGAGUGGAAUAAUAACCCGGAUACGUCUGCUGCGGCUCUAUCUCUUUCAGAGAUGACCGCUGUUCUAGGCUCCUUGACUGCGAGCCAGGCGAAGGAGGGAGACCGCCCGGCGUGGCCCAGGACCCAGGGGGCAGGCCGGGCUGCAAGGGCCACUCCCCCUGGUACAGAGCCCCUGCCAGCUCUCCGCACUGACCCGCCUGCUCCAUCCGCCGGUGGCACCUCUGCCCCCGCCUCUUUGUCGCUGAGCUGGUAUCCGUCCUUCAGGGCUCUGGGCAGCACGGCUGUGCCCAGGGUGACAGGCCUCACUCCGUUCGCAGGAGCAGAUGGGUCUCAAGCUGUUGAUCCUGCGGCCUCCUCUACUGUAAUCGUCCUCCACGGUGCCCGUCACACACUGACUGUGCCCAGCGGUGCCCCAGGCCUUCAUCAGAUGCCUUCUGAGCUGCAGACUGACCAGCGUCAUCGCGCCACUGAUCCCACUGAUGCCACCACAGGGCAACGGCAAAAAACCAUGGACACCUUUCCUCGGGGCACAGCUUCCCCUCCUGUAGCCAAGGCCUCUCCCGGUCUUGCGUGUCCCGGUUGCUACCCUUCUGCAACAGAGCCAGCGCGAGAUCCGACUGGCCUGAAAUCCUUGCUCGAGGGGACUCGGAGAACGACUGAUGUGGAGAGCAGAGCUGUCAGCAAGCCGGUCUCUGACUUGGGUAUAGAGCGUUACAGCCACACCCCUGGGGCAACCUUCACUGGAACUGACUCGACUGUGAGUUGGCAGGGCGUAACAACGAUGGCGUCUCACUCAGUUGCUCUAGAAACCACUGCUACCUCUGUGCAGCUGUCCCCCCGGGGAGGGGCCCACCUCGGGCUCACAGAUGCACAUUCCAUGUUUCCGGUGGAUGCUGGGGUUUUAUUACAUGUGACUGAACCAGAAUUUGGCGUGAAAGUGCCCCCGGUGCACAGCACUGUUGCAGACACGGACCAAGGACAAAGAGAGGGGACGUCCAGCACAGGAAACCAAAGCAGUGUGAUGAUCACAGAGAGAGGGGACGUAGGUGCCAGCUCAUCUCCACACAAGGUGGUUACUCUGGUUACCAGAAGCUUGUCUGACGACAAGGGGUAUGAUGUCUCUUUGAGAGGUGUGUCUGACGAAGAUGUCCUGACGCCUGUCUCGACACAGGGGUUCAACCCCAGAUCACCUACUGGUAACUCUGUCACAGAGGACCAGAGCGUGUCCUUGGGUCCUGCUGUUCUAGGAGAGACAGUCAGUGCUGAUAUGGCUGUCUCCCCACGGGCAGGGACAGCAUUCUGGGAAGUGGAGACCAGUGUCAACGCAGGGAGCCCUCAGGAGUUAUCCCCCACACUGAGGACUCAGUCAGACCGACCCCUGCCCCACUUUGACCAGUUUUCAAGUCCUGCCACUGUGACCCACACAACAGAGCCAGGAUCAGUGGGCGGCACAAGCAAGGCUCUUGACCAUUCGCCACAUCCCCACAGCUCUGUACCACCCCAGGCUGAGACAGGCUUCUCUGGGUCAGCUGACAGAUAUGGCCUCACCUCUGCAACAGCAUUCCCUGAGCCUUUCGCCACCUCCAGAAAGGACACCAAUCCAAGCCCAUUCUCAGGGAGCUCCUACUCUACCUCACUGCCAUCCACGGGCACGGACACUAUAGUGGAUCGCAUAGCAACCAGCCACCCCCCAUCUCCAUCUUCCUCUUCCUCCAUUGAGCCACGGGGGCAUUCACCUCUUCCCCAGACAGAUUCCUCCCCUCCUUCUCCGAGCGACCCUCCUGCACAUGAUCCUCGCCCGGAGGCGGAGACGUCAGUCCUGCGAGGCACCAUGCCGGUGACCAGCACAUGGGAGAGUCCCCUGACGCAGUCGAGACAAUGGGGGGCCGUCCCCAGAAGUCCCGAGGGACACUCCCACUUCUCUUCACCUACCCGUGCUAUCACGGCUUCUCCCAAAGACCCAACUAACCCAGCGGAUCCUGAGAGCUCCAGGCCCACCGGGAAGGGUCUGGAUUUGAGCUCUUACACCCCAUCAGCGCAUCACGGUGUGGCGUCACCUUCUGUUUACGCCAGUCCAGCUGGGGGUGACACUGUCGCUGACUCAGGAGCAAGAGGGAGUCCCAUCUUUCCGUUGUCUGCGGCCCCCACCUCAAGGACACCCAUUGUACCCGAGACACUCAGCCCCACAGUGUCGGAGGGAAAGAGUGGGAGGAGGUCAGAUUCCAGAGGUACUUUUCCAACAAAGGCUUUUAACAGGAACAUUAGCCUUCCCUCUUCCUCAGUUCCUACAGCCACUGCGCCUGUGAGGUCCACUGGGCUCAUUCCUCACAGGACAACCAACAGAACCUCUUCCGGUCCAGUGCCUACCACAUCUUUGAGCACCCGGGCUCAUUCUUCUUUAACAACCUCCCGCUCCCCAGCUGUCGUACCCUCUUCUCCUAAGGGGGUAUCAUCUAGCACCCCUCCAGGACCGUGGCUCACAGACAAAACCCCCAGCACAUCCCUUAAUCCCAGGGCCGUGGGGAGUAAGGGGAGGGUUUUCAUCACAGAGGACCAGCCUCCCGUCAUCAAAGAAGAAAUAGUCCAAGUCCGUCUGCUGAUUGUGCUGGAGAGGGAGUCAGGGGGAGACAAGGGUCCCCCGAAAUCUCUGCACCCUGAAGACCUGGAGCAGGAUGCAGUCAAACAGGUGGAACCGUUUCUCCAGUCUCUGUCUGGAUAUCAUGGUGUGCAGGCCUCCGUGACCAGGACAGCAGAGGUGCAGUGUGAUGCCCAGUUUGGCACUGGGUCAGCACUGUCCUGGCUGGGGCGCCCAGGGUGGCUGUUGAACAGCACGGGUCUGGGUGAGGCAGUAAGGCGUGGGCUGUACGUCAGUGGGGACAGGGUCCGCAGCAUCACUGUCGGAGAGCUGCAGUCUGAUCUGUGCACCUGGCUGUUCCAGUGCCCACCAGGGUUCCAGUGCCAGCCGGCUGGAUUGGGCAACGCCAGCUGCUCCUCGCUGUGCCACACAGACUACUGCAAGCACAGCGGCAUCUGCACCCACCACAGUGGUCAGCAGCCGGCGUGCCAGUGCCCAGUAGGGGAGGAUUUCUGGUUCAUGGGCCGGAGGUGCGACUACAGGAUGACGCGGCAGAGGCUGGUGGGCAUUGCCCUGGGGGCGCUGCUGUCCUUGGCGGGGCUCAUGGCCGCCCUCUCCUGCCUGGCGCUCCGGCGCUUCAAGGCCAUGCUGAUCCGGGCCAAGGUGGACCAGACCCGCAGCAGUUACCGCAGGUUCAGCCGUUUCGAUGACCUGUCGGGCCGGUUCUGGGCUCAGUCCUGGCCUGGCUCAGCUGCAGACUCCCUGGACAACCCGGCUUUCAGCCGCUCCGACGAGCUGCUGCACCUGCGGGCGCUUGAUCGCACCUGCUGCUACCACGACGACUCCCUCUCCAUCAGCUCCACCUACCCCGGCAGCGGGGCUCACCUGAACACCGUUUACUCACGCAGCUCCCAUUACAAUUGGGGCCUAAGCGAUGGCAGCAUCAACGACUGCAUGGCCGACUCGGGGAAGGCCAGCGACCUCUCCGUCUGCAGCUGGCCCAUCGAGCCCAUUCAGUGGACACCCUUCCCUCUCCUCCACCAGCUGGGCAUUCAGAGAGCGAGCAAGACACAUCGGCCUCACUCAUACUGCGAGGGGAUGGAGCUGGUAGACCUGGAGAGAACCUGGACUGCUUAAAGAAAACCACGAGCCCCCGAACAAAACAGCUAAAUACAAGUCACGUUACAGUGGACUAUCCAAAACGCAUCUCAACAUCCACAGCAUUCCCCUUGCUAUUUAUAAAGUAUACAUACCAAGUACAACUUUAUUCAGUACUGUAUAUACACUAAGUGCAAAUCCAAGGCUUUUAACUUUAAUUUUCAUAUAUUUUUUUAAAAGCAACCUGUAUUCUAGUUUGUAACAAUAUGCGCAACUCAAGUCUGGGGUUAAGCAAAUAAAUCAUAUUUGGUAGAAUGUACUUAAUAAUGGUUCAAAUACUGGCACUCCACUAUUAAGCCUGUGUAAUACUCAAGAUUUCCUUUGACUAAGGGUUGAAUUGUAUUCACUCUGGAGAACUUUUCAAAAACACCUUUUUUAAAAAUAGCUGCAAGUUCUACCUUUUGAGAUAAAGCUAAAACACAAGAAUACUACCUAAAAACAAAAGAAUUAAGGUCCAUGGCUUAGCCUAAUGCUGACUUCUUUCUCUUGUUGAAGCUUUUUAUCAGUUGUGCAUCAUUGUAGUAACUAAAUCAAUAUUGUAAAUAGUUUGUAUAUAUAUAAUGUACAUUUUUUUUCUGCACGCAUUUAACUACCAGUAAAAGAUUACAUUCACCACUGUUCUAGCCUUCCAGAGCCUCUUCAUUACUGAGGCUUGGCAUUUCAAAAGACAAACCUGCGUUCAAAAAUAAACAA